CUCGAGGGUGCGUCAUCGGGCGGCUUGCAUUUACCGACUGACUGCCCGUCGGUCUGUGUGUCUGCCUGUCUGCCUGCCUGCCUGCCGGCGGCCAGCUCUUUGCUACGAGGCGAGCCGGCUCGCCGAGAUGGUUGCGCGACGUCUGACUCGCCCGCAUGCCGCCUCACGCGUCCUCUCCACGUCGCGGCUGGCCCACACGGCUGGCCGCACAAGGCGCACACAGUCCGGCAUGCAUGCACGAACGCGCGCAAACAGGCCGUAAGGCGGUCAGCCGGCCCGCCUUUCGGUCGGACCGCCGGCCCGCCGGCCCACCGGUUCUUCUGCUACAGCCAGACGUACAGCUGGCUACAGUUCAGUCGGUCGGUGAGACGCGUCUCUACAACGGCCCGCCCGUUUGCUCGCUUCGCCUCGCCUCACCUCGACUCGACUCGACUCGACUCGACUCGACUCGACUCGACUCGACUCGACUUGACUCGACUCGACUCGACUUGA